AUGGGAAACGCGUGUUGUUUCUCUGGCUCAAGACGUAACAACCGUGUUCUGCCGACCCAUUCAACUGCGUUAGUUCAACUGCGCAUGCGUAAUAAAGAUCUAGCUUUAUACAGGAGACAUAAGAAGAAAGAUGAUGUUGAGCUCGGGUCGUCUGUAGUUCCUGGUAUUUCAAAAGGUAAGUGAAGGUGUGAUUGAAUUAGUUCUGCUCGAAAGUAUAGCUAUAUCUUCUGAGCAAAAACCGACACAACAAACCCACCAUUUUUCAACCAUGUUUUACACAGACACAAGAGAAGUUUCCAAAGGAGAGAACUCGAAGCAAGAAAGUUUGGAAAACAUUGAGAAAUGUAAACCAGACAAAGAAAUGCAGGAGUGGAUUGGUUCCAUUAUCAUCCAAAACCACUUGGUGCCAAGUUACAUGACGUUUGACAACCAACGACAUUUAUCAAUGCGCUCCAAAUAUGCGGACAUGACGCAAAUGAUUAACUUUUGCAACUCGAUAAAGGAAACAAAAGAGGAACAUCAAACUAACUCUCGCGCACCGUCUGGGAACAUUAAGGGACUAAUGAAAAAAGGAAAACAGGGUAUAAAGAAGAACUUAAGUCACGAAACAUUCAAUUUUGGUCUCGGCCCGACGCCCAAGUUGUCAACGCGUAUAAGCAAGGAUGCGGUGAAAAGGAAUAAGCAAAAGGAUAAUCAAUUGAAGUUUUACGGCAGCCGGUCUCCACCACCUCCAAAGUUGAAACCUGUGGUGAACGGGUCAAACGCGUCUAAAGCUGGCGUUUUAAAGAAUCCAGAGUCAAAAGGAACGCCUUGGAACAAGGUUGAAGGUUUGUCCCAAUUUCCAACGGUCGGUUUUCCACCAGGCGAAUUAGCCUUUCUCACGCCGCCAUUUUUGGGUGGCAUUUCAGCCGAAGUCUGUGAGAUAAGUCCACAUAAUAGCGGCUUUUUAUAGUUUGUUGGACGAAUGAUGGUAAAUUUGCUUUGUAAAUGGUUAGUUUAUUUUGAAAAAUCGCUUUUCACAUUGUUUUAAUUGUCUGCAUUGGUUAACGAAAAUUAGAUGCCACCCAAAAAUGACGGAUAUUCGUCAUCGUGAGAAAGGCUAAUUUGUCUGCGCGAUGCGACUCUUUCCUUUGUCAUGUGACUCAUGUGGGCAUCGCUUUUCACGUCAGCCUAGUGGACUGAACGGGCUUUAUCCCAAAUCAGUUUCUCGACGACUUAACGCUUGUCUUUGUCCUCAGAUAUAUAAUAUCUCUGAGAGGAUGGUUCUAAAAUAGCUAGAAUCGCAACACUGCGCGUCCUUCGACUCCUUCAAGACAAUCGUUAAAGUCGUCACAAAAAUAUUUCGUGCACUUAAGUAAGACUCGCUAGAACCUCGUUCGAGACAACGAAUUUUUCGUUGUACUCUGCAGAAUAAUAUGGAACUAUUCCUAUUUUAGAUGCAAGAGAUACUCAAACAGCAGGCGGAAAGCAUUUUCACGUUUCCUCAAACUGGUUGGACGAAGAUUUUGAGGAGAGUAUCCUAAGUUAUCCUAAAGAGAUUCAGAAGACCGCAGAUAAUAUCCCGCAAUGUUCAAAAUUACCGCCCAUACCUGUCAAAAAGGGUCAUGGGAAAAAGUCAAUCAAGUUCAAGAUUGAGCCAGAGGUAUCAGAGCCUGCAGUACAUGACCUUGGCUUGUUUUUGUCAGCGGUCGAGGAAGACCUGUCUGAUCUCAAACCAAGAGGUCGAAUUUGGGAUGUUUUGAAAAAGAAAAAUCGCACCAGCUCCACUUAUACUGCUGAUGAUCUUGAUAGCUAGCGGGAAUUUUAAAGCACUAUGACGUCAUUGGUUAUUACGUCAUAACUGAACUGUGUGGUAUGAAAUUAAAAAUAUUUCAUACUUUUUCCAAAGAGAGAUUUUUUCAGAAGAGUUCCCUUAUUAUAAACGCUAUAUAGAUGCGAUGAAAGAUAGUUCAAUAUUGUCUCAUGUGAAAAAUAUAUAAUUGUACUAAUAUGAAUACAUUCCAAAAUAUAUUAAGAAUUUGGUAUAUUGAAAUAGAGAUUAAUAUACCUUUUGUCAUUGGUUUAGAAUCUGUUAACAGUUCGAUGCGAAGGCCAGUCACCUUUAUUACAGACUUAAUCAAAGUGACACUAGAGAGAGUGGACGCAUAACAAUAAUUACAAAUUGGAACGCAUGUUCAGUUUGGAGAGACAGUUUGGAGAGUUUUGUCUAUGUUUUACUUCGCAAAAUUAAACUUCCCAACAUAUCAAACAAUGUGAUCAACAUAUCAAACAAUAUUCUAGCUCAGCUAUGUGACUAGCGUUGUAUAUUGGGGUCUGGUGAACGCAAAUUGAGUUGGAAACUUGAACACAAAUUAAGAAUCGAUUUCGUCUUUCAUAUUCACUAUGUAGAUGAAUAGGUGGUUAAAUUAAAACGUCACAGUCAGUGUUUUCAUUAAAAUGACCCCAUAUUUCAGACAAAGCAAAUAUUUAGAUGCCGCGGUAUAAAUGUUUCUUUACGAAUAGGGACAUUUCAGAAUCCGAGGAACAUUAAACAGACAUGCUUUUAUGAGUCACAUGGUAAAAUCUAUCCAAUCAAAAACUCGUUACGAUCGCGCGAUUUCUUAUUUUAGAUAUUACUCGAAAACUUAUACACAAAAACUGUUUAAUCACAAGAGUAAUUUAAAAUGCUAUAUUGUUUGAACAAGUACGUGCUUUAGUUUCCCUUUAUGAUCUCCAUUUUGCCGAGUCAUUUCCU